CUCUGCCACUCCCAUUGAGCAUUGAGGGAGGAGCUGACUUGAGCACUAGGCUGUUCAGAGCUGCAAAGGAACUAGCUGGCGGAGGUUUGGCUGCUCCUGUGGCCCAGAAGAGGAGGGAAAGAGUGGGGAAGAGAGAAAGUAAGGAAGAGGAAAAGACUGCAGACGAGUGAGAGACAGAAAGGUGAGCAGGAAAAGCCAGUGCCAGCCUGUUUAUUUAUUUCUCUGUCUUUUCUUCUCGCCCUCUUUCUCUCCACCUGAUUCAAUCAAUUGCUCUCUCUUGCUGACUCUCUGUAUACUUUGUCUGGAGGGAAUCAGUUGCCUCACUGUUCUUCAUGUAAGACAGAGAGAGACGGACAGGGAGGCUGUGUCUACAUAGCACAUUUAAGGCAAAACCUGCCCCACCCACCCCCCAGGCUGGGAACUGUAGUUUUGUUAAGGGUGGUGGGAAUAGCAGCUCUCUGUGGGGAGUGAACUACGGUUCUUUGGGAAGGGGGAGCACGCUUUGUGUGUUUUGUAAAUAUAGGACAGGCACGCAGUGUCAGUACACUUUGAUUAUCUUUAUUGAAUCAGUUUCCUCAUUCUUUUUUGCCUAGGAGUGGGCGGCGGGGAAUCUUCCAGCACUUUGAGAGGCAGCUGAUUUAUUGUGGUCCAUACCUGAGCCACAGCAAAUCCUGUUAACAGCACAAUCUUAGCUACCUUUACUCAGAAGGAAAUCCUAUUUGGUUUAGGAUGGCAGCUGUAGCACUUUGAAUACUUAUUUUUUUAUUUUUUUAAAAAACCCUUUGCUGUCAGAGACACAUCUAGCUUCCCCUCUGGCAUUUGCCUCUUAAAUUUCUGUGUCCCCAGUUCUGUUCCCAUUUUUUAAUCCCUCCCUCCCUCCCUUCAUCUCAACAUUGCCAUAUCCCUCUCCCUAUUCUCAAAGACUGAGAUCAGGUAAUACUUUUACAUCAAACAGAAAUGCAGAACCGUCACCAUAUUAUUAUUAUUAUUAUUAUUAUUAUUAUUAUUAUUAUUAUUCACAGUUUAGAUACGUGCUAAGGCGAUUUGCAGACAUACAAUGAAAACAGUAUCCCCCCCUCCCCAGAAUAUUUAUUUAUUUAUUCCAGAAAAUUUAUACACCACUUGAUUGUUAAAAACACACACCAAAAAAACCCCCCAACAACCUUCAAAGUGGUUUAUGAAAAGAUAAAACAAGAAAAGAAAAGAAAAGGCCUUUCUUUAAAAAGUACAAAACUUAAAAUACUAAAGCGGAUUAAAAUUACCUCAGCUUUCUAAUCCUCUGGGUGGACUUGCCUAAACAGGAGUGCUUUUAGCUGGUGCUGGAAAGUGUACGGCGAAGCUGUCUUGCUUAAUAUCAAGUGGCAGGGAGUUCCAAAGCCCAGUCGUUGCCACACUUACAAAAGCAGAACAGAUAGUAUUGGGGGGAGGGCUUUAGCAUUUAUGUUUGUUAUUAUCCUGCAUAUUUUUGUGCUUUCAUAUUGUAAACUGCCCUACGAACUUCGGAUGAAGGGCGGUUCAGAAAUUUACGGAUAAAUAUUAUGUAGGCACCUCCAGUAGUGCCAAUCCCGCCAACAGGAGCGGUCAGUUGGGCAAGGCGAUCCUGUAAGUAAACUGCUCUCAAGUUAUUAAGCGCCUUAUAUAAUAACAGGAACACCUUGAAUAGUAGCACCCAGUUGCAAAUCAGGAAAAAUGAACACCUAAGGCCCAGCUAGACCUUUCUGCCCAGCUAGAAAAAAAGCUUGCCCGAAACUAUUGUUCCCAGAAGGUACAGAUUGUGGGUGCAAUCCUUGCUCCCCACAAAUUGCAGACCCUCCAAGUGUCCCUAUUUUCCAGGGACAGGUCUGGAAACCGUCCCGGUUUCUAUUUCCUGGAAUGUCCCGCUUUUCCUUAGGACGUUCCUAUUUUCACUGGAGAAAUGUUGGAGGGUUUGCAGUUAUGCAACCCCUGAGCCGAAGAGAUAAGUAACUAGGCAACCUUUAGAAGACAUCUGAAGACAGCCCUGUAUGGGGAAUUUUUUUAAAAAAAAGUUUUAUUAUGUUUUUGUUUGUUGGAAGCUGCCCAGAGCGACGGGGGCAACCCAGUCACAUGGGUGGAGUACAAAUCAUAAAAUUAUUAUAAUUAUUAUUGUUGUUAUGGAGUAGGAUGUCCCUGUUUUCAUCGGAGAAAUGUUGGAGGGUAUGUUAUUUAUCACAUUUAUUAUCAAGGAGUGCAGGAAAGCAAAGAAAAAGACAUCUGAAGGCAGCCCUGUAUAGGGAAGUGCUUUUUUCCCCACAAAAAACCCCACAUGUUUAAUGUUUUAUUAUGUUUUUAUAUAUGUUUGAAGUUGCCCAGAGUGGGUGAGGCAACCCAGCGAGAUGGGUGGGGUAUAAACAACAAAUUUAAUAUCAAUAUUGAAUAGGAUGCCCAUAUUUUCAUCGGAGAAAUGUUGAAGGGUAUGAAAUUGGAGGGGUGGGGGCUGUUUCUCUCCCUCUCCCCACCUUUCUCAGUCCUCACCCUCCUCGUCUCCAAAUCCUUGAUGUGUUGCAGCCAGCUGAUGUGCCCAUGCCCAAGUUAGCUGCAAAGAAAACGCCUCUUCUAUCGCAGUCCCUUCAAAUGGCCCCCUUGGUUUUUCUUUCGGUGGUUGUUGAUGUUCUGGACAUUCCUUGACCUUUCGGGUGGAUGGAUGGAUGGACGAAAUGAGUGGCUUUGGGGAGAGAGCCUCUAGGGAUGGGGAGAGAGGACUGGGCCGGUUUGGCAGUGGGCUGUGUGCCCAUGCGUAUGGGACGAAGACGGGGAAGGAGCAUAGCUGUCAACUUUUCCCUUUUCUUGCGAGGAAUCCUAUUCGGAAUAAUGGAAUUUCCCUUUUAAAAAAGGGAAACGUUGACAGCUAUGGGAAGGAGAGAGGGCAGGCAGGCUUGUAGGGCACCAGCGCUGGGCUUCUCCCUUCCCUGCUUCGACUUUUCUGCAAGCGCAUGAUUUACGUCUCAGCAGAGACAUAAGCCAGAAACUCCGUCCCUGACCUUUUGCUCUCCCGUGGGGUACACACAUGCAUUAACUCUUCUUUCCCUGUAGCGACAGCAGGCUGGCUUGUCCCAGAAAGGCGAGGGGACGAGGAAGAUGAAAAGCCACGGCGGAAUGCGGAAUGCACACCCGUUUAUUACCAGUGAUUACUUUCGAUCCACGGAUUUGCCAACCCAACCCGCUUGGGGAGGGCGUGUGUGCGUGCACCACCCAAGGCCUCCAAACGUGGCAAACCAGGGUGCCAUAAGCUGCGAACAGGUGCACCACAGACAGAUGGCUAUAGGGCAGGACUCUGCGCAGGCGACUCAAGCAAGUGAGCCAAGCUGCAUGUUACAGUGGUACAUCUGGAUGUGAACAGGAUCCGUUCCGGAGCCCCGUUCGCAUCCUGAAGCGAAUGCAACCUGCACCUGAGCAUGCAUGGGUUGCGAUUCGCCACUUCUGCGCAUGUGUGUGAUGUCAUUUUGAGUGUCUGCGCAUGCGCAAGCGGCGAAACCCGGAAGUAACGAAUCUGUUACUGCUGGGUCGCCGCGGAGCGUAACCUGAAAAUGCUCAACCUGAAGCAUAUUUCUCCCAAGGCAUGACUGUAUAAAGGAACGCGGGUGGCGCUGUGGGUUAAACCACAGAGCCUGGGACUUGCCGAUCAGAAGGUCGGUGGUUCGAAUCCCCGCGACAGGGUGAGCUCCCGUUGCUCAGUCCCUGCUCCUGCCAGCCUAGCAGUUCGAAAGCAUGUCAAAGUGCAAGUAGAUAAAUAGGUACCACUCCGGUGGGAAGGUAAACGGCGUUUCCGUGUGCUGCUCUGGUUCGCAAGAAGCGGCUUAGUCAUGCUGGCCACAUGACCUGGAAGCUGUUUGCCGGCUCCCUCGGCCAAUAAAGCGAGAUGAGCGCCGCAACCCCAGAGUCAGUCACAACUAGACCUAAUGGUCAGGGGUCCCUUUACCUUUACCUUUAUGACUGUAUAGGGGAUGGCAACACCUUCCCACCCAUGUGUGUGUGUCUCCAAGGUCUCAGGCAGGGUCCGCCCGAGACCCUUUCGGCUGCAGGUGCCCACAGCUGGACUUUGCAUCUUCUGCAUGCAGGGACCUGCAGUAUGUAUAGUUUGGAGUAGGAUGAGGGAGACUUGGGUUCAAAUCCACUGUCAGGCAUGACCUUCGGCUAGUUGCACAUUGCUGUGAACUCUUCAGGGAAAGGAAUGGAUAGGCAUUUACCAAAUUCUGCCCUCUACCACUGAACUCUAGCUCUUCGCCAUAUAGAGCGGAUUCCAAGAGUGAGUGGUCUGUGCUGCGUUUAUUUAUUUGUUACAUUUAUUUAUUUGCCCAGGUAGCUCAGUCAGUAGAGCAUGAGGGUCUUAUUUUCCGGGUCGUGCGUUUGAGCCCCACGGUGGGCAAAAGAUUCCUGCAUUCCAGGGGGUUGGACUAGAUGACCCUCAGGUCCCUUCCAAGUCCACAAAUCUAUGAUUCUAAUUCUAUGAUUCUGUAUCCUGCUCUUCCUCCAAAUGGCGUCUGAGGCCUUCACAGGGGCGGCUCCCUGGUUGCGGAACACUUUCCUCAGGCAUUUCAUUAGCUUUUGCAUAACUGUUUUAAAUAUUUUUUUAUUACAGUGGUACCUCGGGUUACAGACGCUUCAGGUUACAGACUCCACUAACCCAGAAAUAGUACCUCAGGUUAAGAACUUUACCUCAGGAUGAGAACAGAAAUCGCGCGAUGGCAGCGGGAGGCCCCAUUAGCUAAAAUGGUACCUCAGGUUAAGAACGGUUUCAGGUUAAGAACGGACCUCCAGAACGAAUUAAGUUCUUAACCCGAGGUACCACUGUACUGUCAUUUUAAACCAUUACCUCUGUUGUGUAAUAGCAGGUGAGAUGGUGCUUUUUAACUUUUCAACUUUUAGCUUUUCUGAUGUAGAAACAUAAGUUGUGGUAAGUUGGCAAUUCCUUUAUUCUUUUGUGCUGGUUGGGCUUUUCACGUGGAUGAUGUAUACUGUAUUAACUGCCGUUUUAUAUAUAUGUGUGUGUGUGUAUACAGAGGUACCUCGGGUUAAGUACUUAAUUCGUUCUGGAGGUCCGUACUUAACCUGAAACUGUUCUUAAUCUGAAGCACCACUUUAGAUAAUGGGGCCUCCCGCUGCUGCUGCGCUGCCGGAGCCCGAUUUCUGUUCUCAUCCUGAAGCAAAGUUCUUAACCUGAAGCACUAUUUCUGGGUUAGCGGAGUCUGUAACCUGAAGCGUAUGUAACCUGAGGUACCACUGUAUAUAUGUACACACUCUUUUACUUAGUUUUGCAUUUAUAUUACCUAAUGAAUCUACAUUUUCCGGCAGCUAAUAAAUAUAAUGAAUGGAUAUGUAAAUAAUACGGAACGACAGCCAACAUUGCCUGAGUGGAAGUCUGCCUGUGCAAUGGGACUUCCCCCUUUCACUGUCAGAGGCAAUAUGUUUCCGAAUACCAGUUGCUGGAAACCGCAGAAGCAUGGAGAGGAGCUGUUGAGCUGCUGUUCUGCUUGUGGGUCACUGUGAGAACUGGACGCUGCGGGAACAGGAUUCAUUCUAUCUUAUUUUCUUAGGAUCUCACCCCAUGGGCCUCCUUAAAAUUGCUCCUGAGAGUCAGGAGCAGAUUGUGGGGCACAGGUGUUGCCAUGGGGGCAGGGGAGAGAAGUAUAUUAUUAUUAUUAUUAUUAUUAUUAUUAUUAUUAGUGCUAUUUUUCUAGAAAAAGAGGUGCCGGAACUCAAUUCCUGUAGGUUCCCCCUGAAAAAAAACCCUGGUUGUUGUUGUUGUUAUGUAUUAUUAUUAUUAUUAUUAUUAUUAUUAUUAUUAUUACCCUGCCCAUCUGACUGGGUUGCCCCAGUCACUCUGGGUGGCUUCCAACAUAUAGGAAACCAUAAUAAAACAUUAAGCAUUUUUUUUAAAAAAAAACCUUGCCUAAAAAGGGCUGCCUUUAGUUGUCUUCCAAAGGUUGCAUAGUUAAAGGUAAAGGGACCCCUGACCGUUAAGUCUAGUUGCGGAUGACUCUGGGGUUGCGACGCUCAUCUCGCUUUAUUGGCCGAGGGAGCCGGCAUACAGCUUCCGGGUCAUGUGACCAGCAUGACUAAGCCGCUUCUGGCGAACCAGAGCAGCACACGGAAAUACCGUUUACCUUCCCGCCAGAGCGGUACCUAAUUAUCUACUUGCACUUUGACGUGCUUUUGAACUGCUAGGUUGGCAGGAGCAAGGACUGAGCUAUGGGAGCUCACCCCGUCGCGGGGAUUUGAACCGCCAACCUUCUGAUCGGCAAGCCCUAGGCUCAGUGGUUUAGACCGCAGCGCCACAAGAACCGUUUUAUUUCACAAACGGUUCUUCAUUCUGUUGGUGGAUAGACAACGACUGGUAUCUCCCAUGGUGUUUUUGUGUGUGUGUGUGUUGGACAUCCUGUUGGAAGCAAUGUUGUCUGUGUGUGCGCACACUCAUGUGUGUAUUUCCCACACAUGCAAUAGCAUAUGGCUGUGGGGGCAGUCGUUCACUUGACCUCCCAUUGCUCAUGUUGCUGCUGUAUACAGGGAUGGGGAACAGGAGGGGUCAGGCAGCCAUGAAGUCAGCGUGGUGCAAACACACCGGCAGAGCCAACCCAGUGUGUUUCCACUGAGUUGUCUCUUCCUCCUCCUACUCACCCCUUCUCCUGCCUGUCUAAGUAUGACACAGGUGACCAGAGGUCAGGCCAAUACAUUCCCUCUGCCGUCACAUUAUUGUUUAAAAACCCUAAAUGACAUAGGGCCCUAAAUAUCUGAAAGACCCCUCCUUCCCUAUAGAUGCUCUUGGUCCAAGGGGGCCCUCUUAGUGGUUCCCCCACCCAGAACAAUUCAGGUGUUGGUGGCCCCAAUAUUGUGGGACUUUUUCCUCACAGAGUUGCAUCUGGCACCUUUAUUAUAUCAUUUCUGCUUUAUGCUGAAGAAGACACACCUCUCUGCCUUAGGUUUUUUUUUUGGGGGGGGGUGUUUCCAGGACACAUUCCAUUUCUGUGGCCGUAAUUUGCUUUAACUGUUUUUAAUAUGGAAUUUUAAAUCUCUGCAACCGGCCUUGGGACCUGAUGGUGAAAGGUGGUACUAAAUAGAAAUAAUAAGAAUACUGUAAUAAAAUGAUAAUAAUGUACAGUCAUACCUCGGGUUAAAUGUGCUUCAGGUUGAGCGUUUUCAGGUUACGCUCUGCGGCGACCCGGACGUAACAGAGCAUGUUACUUCCAGGUUUUGCUGCUUGCGCAUGCGCAGACGCUCAAAAUGACGCCACACGCAUGUGCGGAAGCGGCAAAUUGCAACCCGCGCAUGCGCAGAUGCGGGUUGUGUUCGCUUCAGGAUGCAAACGGGAUCCGUUCCGGAGCCCCAUUCGCAUCCAGAGGUACCACUGUACAUAUACAGUCGUACUUUGGAAGUCGAACGGAAUCCGUUCAAUUCUGAAAUGUUCAGAAACCAAGGAGUAGCUUCUGAUUGGUUUCCGAUUGCGCAGGCGCGCUGGAAAACAAUAGUGGAAGCCGCGCCGGACAUUCAGCUUCCAAAAAAAGUUUGAAAACCAGAACACUCACUUCCAGUUUUUGAUCGUUCAGGAGACAGAACAUUUGACUCCCAAGGCGUUUGGGAGCCGAGGUACAAGUGUACACACACUGCGAACAGUUAAUCUGGUAAAAUUUGACCUGAGGUAAGAAUUCUCUCCCGCCCUCCCACCAGGGCCAAUACUUAGGCCCCUAGCCGAAAGGUGAGCAAAUCUUUCACCCAAAGAAUCUUCCGGAAGGAACUGAACACAGGGCAGGCGGGCAUGCUUGUUUGUGUUUGAGGGUGUAUGAGAGACCAAGAGUACCAUCGACAUUUAAAAGUUUCCUCUCCACUAAAUCAGUCCACCACAUCUGAAAUGUCUCGCAAGCUGAGGCUGUCCACGCUGCACUUAAAGAAUGAUGGAAAUCAAACAACAGGAUUAAAAGGAGGCGGGAAAACAUUCCUGACUUCAGUUGGCCAAAAUGGAGGCUCCAGGACACGAGCAUAUACGGCUUCCUGCUACCGAGUCAAACCAUAAUGCCCAUUUAUGAUCUGGCAGCUAUUCUCUGAGGCAUCAUAAGCAAGAGAGGAGACUUUGGAUUUCAUUUUAAUUUGAUCUGGUUUUUAUAAGCUGCUCUCUUUUAAAGUCCCCAGGGCACCCAUCAGAAAGAAUCCAAUUUCCCUGCGAAAGAGGCUUCUGUUUCCCCUUUCUCAGGGCACUUGAGGAUUAAUUUGUUGUUGUUGUUUAGUUGUUUAGUCGUGUCCGACUCUUCGUGACCCCAUGGACCAGAGCACGCCAGGCACUACUGUCUUCCACUGUCUCCCGCAGUUUGGUCAAACUCAUGCUGGCAGCUUCGAGAACACUGCCCAACCAUCUCCUCCUCUGCCAUCUCCUUCUUGUGCCCUCCAUCUUUCCCAACAUCAGGGUCUUUUCCAGGGAGUCUUCUCUUCUCAUGAGGUGGCCAAAGUAUUGGAGUCUCGGCUUCAGGAUCUGUCCUUCCAGUGAGCACUCAGGGCUGAUUUCCUUAAGAAUGGAUAGGUCUGAUCUUCUUGCAGUCCAUGGGACUCUCAAGAGUCUCCUCCAGCACCAGAAUUCAAAAGCAUCAAUUCUUCAGUGAUCAGCCUUCUGUAUGGUCCAGCUCUCACUUCCAUACAUCACUACUGGGAAAACCAUAGCUUUUACUAUACGGACCUUUGUUGGCAAGGUGAUGUCUCUACUUUUUAAGAUGCUGUCUAGGUUUAGUGUUUCUUUAUUACUUGUGUGAGGGGUGGGGUCUUGAACUUAGUUUGUUUUGGUGAGGGAGCUGAAGGUGCGGGUGUGUUUCUCCCUUCCAACUAAACAUUUCUCCAGUGUUCAGCAGCCUCCCCAGGUGCCUGCACUUCCUGAUCUGAAAAAGUCAGAUGGGAGGGUUUCUCUCCCGUGCACCCAGGAAGGCUGCAGAGGGCAGACAAAUGGGAAUGUUUUAGACACUCACAUUGUUGGCCACCUCAACAGUAAGAUAAGCAUAGUAGCAGCCAGUGGGGCGACACCGGUGGGAUACUGCUGGUGGGGCUGCGUUGAUCUUCCGGCUUCUCAAUGCUGUGCGUCACUCCUGGUUACUGAGAGGGGGGCUGACAGGAGAUAGUUCAGCAUGGUGCAAGCACAGCACCAGAAAUGUCAAUUUGGCUCGACUGCUGUGCCCACAAUACAGGAUGCAGCUGCAGCCAUAAGCAGAGGGGACAAGAUGAGAGCUCUCCCAAAAAGCACCCCCAAAGCUGUGGCAGCUCUCUACAGUUUUACAGGUAGAAGGUGUGUGUGUGUGUGUGUUAUAUAUUUUUAUUUAAACAAGAAGAAAAACUGGCAGAUAACAUAAACGCACAUAAUGAAAAUACGCAGUUAAGCAAUUUCGUCUGAACAUAAAAAAAGAAAAAGAUCUGCCAUUAAAACGUACAAUAAAAUAAGCCCAUAAAAACGGCAAACAAUAAAAAGAGUUAGAACAGCCAUUAAAAGCAAUAAAAUGCAAGAGGUUCAGGAAAUCGGGGGAGGGGGGAGGUGUGCCUGUCCAAACUGCUAUGUCCUAAACAGAUGAAGUCUCCUGGUUAUUGGCAGGGAAGACGUUCCGCAGUGUUGCUGCUGCCAGUGGAAAAAGCCUAUCUCUCUCUGACUACAAGCUGAUAAUCAUCAGGUUGUGCAACUAACGUGGGUUUGGGGCUCUUUUUACCCCGAAGCGGCUUUUGAAAUCCAAAUGCACGCUCCAUAAACGGGCUGUCUGGAAGAGGCUGUGUCCCCUGCCUCAUUCUGUAAAGUGUAGGGUUACUAAAGGUAUAACACAACCGCCACACUGUCCUGCAAUAGCAACCAGUGAAGUUGAGUCUGGAGAGAAAGAGGGGAGAGCAGGGGAACUUGCAGAAUAAUGUCAUCAUACCAUUCACUGAAUGCCCCCACCACCACAUUCAUUGGGGUGGGAGCGUAGCUGGUAAGGGGAGCCAUGGGAAGACAUGCGGCAACGCUUCAGGUUCUGCUGUAGAAGAGCCUGUAAGGUUUAUGACAAAACCUAUUUAUCUGUAGGAUUUAUUUGUAGGAUUUAUAGCAUUCCUUACCUGCCCACUCACCAUUGGAGGUGGAAAGGAGCAGCAUGAAGGAGGCUUGCAAAGCAUGGGCCUGGCUCAUAGCUGUCAACUUUUCCCUUUUCUUGCGAGGAAUCCUAUUCGGAAUAAGGGAAUUUCCCUUUUAAAAAAAGGGAAACGUUGACAGCUAUGGCCUGGCUAUGUCACUGGGAACCCCGUGCAAGGGAUUUGGGCAGGUGGGUGUGACAUCCCAUCUGUCAAUCAUGUGGUCUCUUGGCGAGUUGUCCAGUCCACCUGUCAAAGUUGGCCAGUGGGAUGAGGGCACUGGGCCCCAGGUCCGAAAGGGUUCUCCAGUCCUGCCUUGAAGUAUUCUUUAACCAGCUUCAACCCCAUUUUGCUUGUACAGUCAUACCUCGGGUUACAGACACUUCAGGCUGCGUUUUUUCAGGUUACGGACCCGCUGAAACCCGGAAGUACCAGAACAGGUUACUUCCGGGUUUCUUCCGGGUGCUAAAUCGCGCUUUGCGCAUGCGCAGAAACGCCGAAUCACAACCCGCACAUGCGCAGACGCGCCGCUGCGGGUUGCGAGCGUGCAUCCCACACUGAUCACGUUCGCAACCCAAGCAUCUACUGUAUUCAUUUUUGGUUCACAUUUGUCAUGGCCAAUGACUAGUAAAGGUAAAGGGACCCCUGACCAUUAGGUUCAGUCGUGACCAACUCUGGGGUUGCGGCGCUCAUCUCGCUUUAUUGGCCAAGGGAGCUGGCGUUUGUCCGCAGACAGCUUCCGGGUCAUGUGGCCAGCAUGACUAAGCCACUUCUGGCGAACCAGAGCAGCGCACGGAAACGCCGUUUACCUUCCCGCCAGAGUGGUACCUAUUUACCUACUUGCACUUUGACGUGCUUUCCAACUGCUAGGUUGGCAGGAGCAGGGACCGAGCAACGGGAGCUCACCCUGUCGCGGGGAUUCGAACCGCCAACCUUCUGAUCGGCAAGUCCUAGGCUCUGUGGUUUAACCCACAGCGCCACCCGUGUCCCUUCAAUGACUAGUACAAUAAAGUUAUUUGGAUUGUAUUGAGAACCGGCUUCAACUGUCCACAGAGAUGGUCUGGCUGGUUCCUUCACUGUUUUGCUGAUAUGAUUCCAUCAUAUACCAGCAAAUUCAAGCUAUAGCAUUUGGAGUAAUGAAGGGACAUAGCUCACCAGUAGAGUACCUGGCUUUGCAUAUGGAAGAUUCUAGGUUCAAUCCCUGGUAUCUUCAGGAAAAGCUGUGAGAGAUCCUAGCUAGAAAUUCUGAAGAGCCUCUGCCAGUCAGUGUAGGCUGGGUGGACCAAUGACCAGACUCAUCGUAACGCAGUUUAAAAAAAAUGUUUGCCUGCCCACCUCCAAAACAAACUGGAAUGGCGGGAUUUUUGUAGUCAGAAAAGUGUGGGAAGAUGCCCUUGAAAGUGUGGGGCAACCGUGACAUCGCUCAGUGUCAAGUAACCUGCACGCAAACAAAAAAAUAGCAUUGCCAUUUAACCUCUGCGUGAAUUUUGUGCUGGCAAAUCAGGGCGAACGGUCCGGAAACAGGAUAUCUGGGUGAGGCCCCUGCUUAAAGACUUGAGGUCCUUGUCCUAGCCUUGGUUAUCUGUCAGGACAACCAAUGUUGUUUCACGGGCAAAAACCAGGCCAGAAACUAGAUUGGAUGAAGAUUGGAGGGAGUGAUGGUUUGGAAUGAUCAAAUCCCUGCUUGGCCACGAAGCAUUUUCCACAGGCGGCCUUGAUCUUAUCCGCUUUCCUUGGCCUAACUUCUGGUGACUGGUUCUGUUUGGGCAGUCGGUGGAGUCAAGGAAUAGUUGGAUUCUCUUCCACCUGCUCCCUGCUAUGUUCUGCAAGGGCAAUCCUGAGUUGGAGGAGGAGGAGAAAACAGACAGGCAGUGGAUGUUAGAAUUCCUGAUCUAUGAUUGCAGUCAUGAGACCCCCAUGACUGGUUGUAAGAAGGCAGGGAGGUAGGAGCCCAGGCUGAGGUUGGGGGCUCCACCCCCAUUUAGCUUAACUGACCAGCCUUCCCUGUUGCUGUUCAUUACGGUUGCCUAUGACGUAGGUGAUAUUCUGGAAAGCAUUCGCGACAAGGGAAACGAUGGUAAUAAAGGGUGGGUGGACCAAGAGCAGGGGUCAGCAAACUUUUUCAGCAGGGGGCCGAUCCACUGUCCCCCAGACCUUGUGGGGAGCCAGACUAUAUUUUGAAGGGGGGAAUGAACAAAUUCCUAUGCCCCACAAAUAACCCAGAGAUGCAUUUUAAAUAAAAGGACACAUUCUACUCAUGUAAAAACACACUGAUUCCCGGACCGUCCGUGGGCUGGAUUUCGAAGGCAAUUGGGCCGGAUCUGGCCCCCGGGCCUUAGGUUGCCUACCCGUGACCAAGAGGAAUACAAUUCAUCCCCACAUGCCUUUCCAUCAUUGAUGCCAAGACCCGGCCAGAUAAUUCUUUAAUGAGCUUCUCUCAGAUAUUAUCUGCCUUGGAGAGAUUCCCAGCAAGAGAGCAAAUGGAUGGGAUCCCUGCAGGCCAUUGUCUGACAGCGCAAUUCCUCAAAAGUAAUCCCCACCGAUUCCAGCGGGGAUUACUCCCAGGAAAGCAGGCAUUCGAUUGUGGCUUCAGUGAAGAGAGGAAGGUGCUCAGAGCCUGGGUGGCUGGGUGGCUCAAAAUUUUGAGGGGCUCAAAAUAACAUCUUUUUCUGACUGGCCAUUAGCCUGGCGAUCUAGAGAGUGUGAAGACUUGACGUGCCCCCUGCACUCUGUAGGAACUUCCCAUCAUCCUCCAGAGUUCACAGAGGCCCUGUGGCAAAAAUAAGAGAGACACUCAUGUGGAGACCUGCUCCCUAGAGAUAAGAAGCUUGACAAAUACUGAAUUAGAACAUGUGCAGACAAUGCUUUGGACGAUUCUUUCAAAUUGAUGUGUAAAACCCACCCUUGCUCGUCUCUUUAUCUCCUGUUCAGGGAAGUUUUUCAUAUGUGAUAUUUUAGUGUAUUUUUCAUCUUUGUUGGAAGCCGCCCAGAGUGGCUGGGGAAACCCAGCCAGAUGGGCGGGGUACAAAUAAUAAAUUGUUAUUAUUAUUAUAUCCUUGUUAAAGGCACCCCUAUUUUCUGCAAAGUCUAAGACUUUCCUUGUUUUCAUGUUUUGUGUAAAGCGAUUGCAUGACCCAUCAGAGGGUGGCAACACGAGAACGGGGCCUUCUCUGCAGUGGCUCCCUGUCUGUGGGACGCUAUCCCCAGGGAAGAUCGCCUGCUGCCUUCAUUUAUACACCUUUAGGCGCCAGGCAAAAAUGUUCCUUUUUAACCAGGCCUUUGGUUGAUCCUAUUGACAUCCUAUGCCCUUUUAAAAUGUGUUUUUUUUUAUGGGGACGGAGCUAUUGGGUUGUUGUUUUUAUUAGGUAUUUUGUGGUUUUAUAUCUUGAUUUUAUUCUGUGAGACCCCUGGGUAUAGGGCGGUAUUUAAAUUCAAUAAAUAAUGAUGAUGAUUUUAUGGGGAGCGCUAUUGGGUUGUUGUUUUUAUUAGGUAUUUUGUGGUUUUAUAUCAUGAUUUUAUUCUGUGAACUGCCCUGAGACCCCUGGGUAUAGGGCGGUAUAUAAACUCAAUAAAUGAUGAUGAUGAUGAUGCCAUAGAAUUCUCUGAAAUUGCUUAUACUAUCCUUCGUCCUUCUCCCCUUUGCCCUCAAUUUUCUCAAUCGUUCUCCUUCCAAACUCGUCUUCCCUAGCUCAUCUGUUUGUAGGACUGGUUAUGUUAUGUAUUGAAGUUCUCACCCUGGCCACCAGGGGUAUCGUGUAUAUAGUUUUCACUCAGGUCCACGUCAGUUAAUUUAGGCGGGAAACCCUGCGUUGUUGUUGUUACCAUGUUGACCGCCGGCUGCCUUAUAAAAGCAGGCCGGCUGAGCUGUUUGUAGGCUAGUAGUAGGGCUUCUAGGGGUUAAACCACAGAGCCUAGGACUUGCCGAUCAGAAGGUCGGUGGUUCAAAUCCCCGCGACGGGGUGAGCUCUCGUUGCUCGGUCCCUGCUCCUGCCCACCUAGCAGUUCGAAAGCACGUCAAAGUGCAAGUAGAUAAAUAGGUACCACUCCGGCGGGAAGGUAAAAACGGCGUUUCCGUGCGCUGCUCUGGUUCGCCAGAAGCGGCUUAGUCAUGCUGGGCACAUGACCCAGAAGCUGUACGCCGGCUCCCUCGGCCAGUAAAGCGAGAUGAGUGCUGCAACCCCAGAGAAGGCCACGACUGGACCUAAUGGUCAGGGGUCCCUUUACCUUUACCUUAGUUGGGCUACUGGACAUUUAAACCAAAAUAGCCAUAAUUUCUCUCUCUCUCCCACACAGAUGCUAAGCCCCCUCCAGAAAUGUGGCUCCGAAGGCUGCCUGGUAGACUGCGAUUUUUUCCCUUGGCACAGGAGCACCCUCCGAAGGCGGCACCAGAGCUUCGAGGAGUCGGAGUCCGGGGGUGACCACGAGGCUCCCAGCCAGGAGAAACCCUCCCCUCCCAGCAUCCUCUUGGAGGGCGCAGAAGUGUCCACCUGCCUCCAGAUCCCCCUGCAAGACCCCGGAGGGGUGUGGCGAUCCCGCAGCGAGGGCCGCCUGGACCAAAAGGGGGUGCCGUGUCCAGGGGAGACCGAGGUGGUGGACAAAACAGGAAGCGGGUGGAGCUUGCCGUCCCCUAAGUCUUUGAGGAAAGAGCGACGCCUCAGAGGGAGAGUUGCGGCGGCCAAGCAGCACUUGAGGAAUCUCUUCGGAGGGUCCAACAAAGUCAGUGGGCGGCCAUUACUCCUCCCCACACAGCACUGCCCUUUUGUUAAUAAUAAUAAUAAUAAUAAACAAAAAUUAUUUAUACCCUGUCCUUCCCAGUUCAGGAAACCGGGCUCAGGGCGGCUAACGCUUAAUUGAUGCAACAAAAAACAGCAUAAAGUGCAGUGUAAAACGUGAAUAACAAUAAAAUCAGAAUUCAAAAAUCAAUUUAGGGGGGAAAUCCAUCCAAUAAACAUUAGAUGAUCAACAGGGCUAGCUGGCUAAAUUAGUCCUAUUUGGGCCAGUGAGGAGACCAAGGGAGAAUUAGCUGUGGGAUCCCAGAGCGGGUAAUCUUCAUAAAAAGGGGAGGGGGAGGGAAGGAAGGAAGGGGAAUAAAAGAUCAGACUAAGUUCAAAUUAAAAGCCAGGUGGAAUAGCUCUGUCUUACAGGCCUGGCGGAAGGAAGUUAAAUCCUGCAGGGCCCUGGCCUCAUGGGACAGAGCAUUCCACCAGGUCAGAGCCAUCACUGAAAAGGCCCUGGCCCUGGUGGAGGAUAGUCUGACUUCCUUAGGGCCCGGGACCUCUAAACUAUGACUAUUCAUGGACCUUAAGGUCCUCUUACUUGUUGCUUAACGUCCAUCUUUCUUCUUUCCACAAACUCACCCGCCACCGCACACCACUUCCAGGAGAAACUGCGAGCCCAGAUUUUAUUUUAUUUUAGCUGGGUUGUAUAAAUAUUUUAGUGUCUUUGUUCCCAAUGGUUUUAAUCUCUGGAAUUUCCUGCAGUGAAAAAAAGAGAGAACGAGACAGAAAAGCACAUCCCGAGGCUAAAUAGAAAGCUGAUAAUUCAUUACCAAGGAAGGGUUAUGCCAAAGGGCCUGGGAGCCUGGACUCCUGGGUUCUCUAGAGAGGGAUCAGAGACUAAUAAGUGAUGCAAAGGAUCUGAGAGGCAAAGUCCUUUGUCUAGUAGGUUUGCUGAUGCCCUUGUAGCUUAACUGACUCCUGUGGCUGAGAGUACUGUGAGGGGAUGGGUCUUUGAAACCUCUUGUGAGUUAAGUGACUCACUGAUUGAAUAAUAAUAAUCAAUACAGUGGAACCUUGGGUUUCAAACGCUUCAGGUUACAGACUCAGCUAACCCGGAAGUAGUACCUCGGGUUAAAAACUUUACCUCAAGAUGAGAACAGAAAUCGCACGGCAGCAGCGGGAGGCCCCAUUAGCUAAAGUGGUACCUCAGGUUAAGAACAGUUUCAGGUUAAGAAGGGACCUCCAGAACGAAUUAAGUUCUUAACCAGAGGUACCACUGUAACAACAUUUACAUAUUAAGGAGAAUUGUCUUGGAUGACCUUUACAGAUGGCCCAUCCCCCCCCCUUUAAAUGUUUUGAGAACCUAAAUAAUAAUCAUGAUAUGUAUAUCCCGCCCAUCUAGCUGGGUUUCCCCAGCCACUCUGGGCGGCUCCCAACAGAACACUAACAACAGAAUAAAAACUUCUAACAUUAAAAACUUCCCUAAACAGGGCUGCUUGCAGGUGUCUUCUAAAAAUCAGAUAGUUGUUUAUUUCCUUGACAACUGAUUGGAGGGCAUUCCACAGGGUGGGCGCCACUACCGAGAAGGCCCUCUGCCCAGUUCCCUGUAACCUCACUUCUUGCAGUGAGGGAACCAUCAGAAGGCCCUCGGCGCUGGACCUCAGUGUCCGGGCAGAACGAUGGGGGUGGAGAGGCUCCUUCAGGUAUACUGGACCAAGGCCAUUUAGGGCUUUAAAGGUCAGCACCAACACUUUGAAUUGUGCUCGGAAACGUACUUGGAGCCAAUGUAGGUCUUUCAGGACCGGUGUUAUAUGGUCUCGGCGGCCGCUCCCAGUCACCAGUCUGGCUUUAUAUCUCAAGAUAUAAAGAGGGCCCUGUGCAUAAGCUGAGGCGACUCUAGCCCUGAAUUCAGUGAAAUGCAGGGGACGGCAUAAAAUCCCCUGGCCUCUGGAAGCGGUUGUGGGACCCUGGACACCUGGGUCCCUUGGGGCAUCACAGAACUCGAACUCUUGUUUCUGUGUUUCAGUCUCUGGCGUCGAGUGUGGAAUCGGAUCUGGGAUCAGAAGGUGACAGCAACUGCCAGGCACAGCAGAGGCAAAAACGCCGCCGGUGAGUUGAGUAGCUAAAAGCAGAGCUAUAAUCUUCCAGGUCCUGGUUUAAAUCUCACCUCCUCCUUCGACUUGCUGGGUAGCUGUACUACAGUCAUACCUUGGUUCUCAAACGCCUUGCGACUCGAACGUUUCAGCUCCUGAACUCCACAAACCCGGAAAUGAGUGUUUGCGAAUGUUUUUUUGGAAGCUGAACAUCUGUCACAGUUUCUGCGGCUUCCGGUUGAGUGCAGGAAGCUCCAGCAGCCAAUCGGAAGCCACGCCUUGGUUUUCAAAUGUUUUCAGAAGUCGAACAGACUUCCGGAACGGAUUCCGUUCAAGAACCAAGGUACGACUGUAUUCCUGAGCCCGCAAGAUUUCAUCUGGCCGGCUAAACCAGGUGAGGGCAGCCAAUGGGCCUCAAACCGUUGAUGAGUUAGGGCUUCAGCGGAUUGAGCAAACGGGACCCAAUAGUGGGUCCAGUGGUCAAGAAGGCAGUUUCUGCAUGUGCUGUAGAGGGAAGUGAGGGGCAUAUGGGGUUCGUCAACCUGGGAAGGUAGCCCAUCUAGGAGAAGGAAAACCAUGAUGGCCUUGGAGGUCCCAGGCCACAGGGAGGUUAGGCUGGCCUCAACCAGAGGCAGGGCUUUUUCGGCUGUGGCUCCGAUCUGGUGGAACACUCUGUCACAAGAGACUAGGGCCCUGCGGGACUUGACAUCUUUCCACAGGGCCUGCAAGACAGAGCUGUUCCGCCUGGCCUUUGGCCAAGGCACAGCCUGACCCCCUCCUUUGGUAAUCCUCACAGAACUCUAGCCCAAUGGAUGCGAUUUAAUUAAUUCGGUUUUGAAUUGAUUUUAGAAUGAUGUGUUACUUUUGUUGUUAGCCGCUCUGAGCCCAGCUUCAGCUGGGGAGGGCGGGAUAUAAAGAAAAAAUUAUUAUUAUUAUUAUUAUUAUUAUUAUUAUUAUUAUUAUCUUAAACCUCCACUGCUUUGUGGGAGAUCUUCAGGAGAAGAAAAGGCUAAGGAGUAAAUCUUACACAAAUUCAGAGCAGAGUCCCUAAGACUGUUAGAUGGUGCCUUGUAUGCCUUCUUCCGGCAACUCCUGCAGCCAAGUUGGUGCCAAAUGUUACCAUAAUUUAUAAUAAUAAUUUAUUAUUUAUACCCUGCCCAUCUGACUGGGUCUCCCCAGCCACUCUGGGCGGCUUCCAACCAAAUAUCAAAAACAAAAACAAAUACAGAGCAAAAUGUUGUUGCUCUGCUUUCCUUUGGACCACAUCAGCAAGGCCAAGAGGGGAGUCUUGUCCUCUGGGCAGCCCAAGAACUCCAGACACACUGCCCAGGGUUGCGCCCCAGGGAAGGUCACUUUGGUGAUGCUAAGGCAGCAGAUUGGCUUCACCUCCCGUAGGCACAGUCCAUUGUCUCUCAAGACAGAACAAAUGCAGACAACAAUCCCCGAGCCCCCAGGUCUGUAAUACGGCAACGAUAAAUGCUAGCAGCCUGCCUUUCAAGGUUGUUGUAAAGAUGACCAAAAGAACGUACCUUAUUUUUCGCCCUAUAGGGCGCACCGGCCCAUAGGGCGCACCUAGUUUUUUUGGGGGGGUGAAUAAAGAAAAAAAAUCCCCCCCCCCAGGCACGGGGCUGGGACGGGGGAAGCCCGAGCUUCCCCCGACCCCAGCCCCCAGAACAGGCUGCUAUCUGCAAGCCUAGGAGAGCAAGAGGGGUCGGUGCGCACCGACCCCUCUCGCUCUCCAAGCUUCAGCGAAAGCCUGCAUUCGCCCCAUAGGACGCACACACAUUUCCCCUUCAUUUUUGGAGGGGAAAAAGUGCGUCCUAUAGGGCGAAAAAUACGGUAUCUACUGAGGCACUUCAGCAGGGAAAGGUGCUAUAAAAUGCUAAAGAGAUUCUAACACCUAUUUCUGAUAAAGUUCCAAUCUUGCCUUACAUGUGGAAAAUGGGGGUAAUACUGUAGAUCUACUUUGUAGGACUUACUGAGAUACGAACAGGAUCAGGCCAAUGGCUCAUCUGCUCAUCUGCUCCAGCUUUCAAUACUGUUCGUUGCCUGAAAAUGUCUUGGGUUGGACUUACUACUUCUUUUCCAGUUGGUGAAUGGCUCAUAGCUUCCUGAUGCAAUCCUGUAACUUUUUGUACCCAAUGUUCUGGUUUGUUUCCCACAACCUGCUGUUGUUGCACAGAAGCUCAGGAGUGGCUCCUUGGACACUAACAUCAGAGGAGCACCGCAGAGCAACUAGGAAAGAGAAACAAUGCUCAGAUGGGCCAGUAUAAAUGCACCUCUAAUGCACUCUUGUUGCAUCAAUGAUGUGUUGCAGAAUACCGCCCCCCGGGGGGGGCAAACCCCACACCAAUCUGAAGGUUGGCUUCCGCUGCCUCUUUGCAUUUGAUUUACUUUUUCUUUCUUUCUUUUCAAAAGGAGGAAAAAUAAAAGAAACUUCCUAAGGUUAUGGAGCUCAGGGGGUAAUGAAAUUCAAUCCCUAAGGUAAUUUAGCUCUCUUAUUCUAACAAGAAGUGUGUGUGUGUGUGUGUGUGUGUGUGUGUUUGUGAGAGGGGGGGUGAGGCUUCAGUGGACCAUACAGUUAUUAUUCUGUAUCUCUGUCAGGGCCGGCCCUACCAUUAGAUGAAGAGAUGUGGGAGAUAAUGGGCCAGGGCAGUAGUUGCAGCCCUGGCUUGUUCUCAUAAGCCCCUCCCUGGACUACUCCUCUCUGUUGCAGGACAGAGCUGUGCAUACUAGCCCGUCCCCCUAGACUAGCCUGCUGCCCCAGGUGUACACCAUUGCAUCACCAGUGCUCGUAGCAGAGUAAGAUUUUUUCCAUGAAUUUAGUUUUAACACUGAGUCCGUAAAUGACUGUGGAGGCCAAUUCUGGAUCCACACAUCCUUCCACACUGGGGACAUAGGUUUCCGAGUAGGAGUUGAUCGCGGUGAGGGUUUGCCAAGUGUGCUUUCCUAUUAGUACAUUUCUCCCCAGUGUGGUGUAGUGGUUAAGAGCGGUAGUCUCGUAAAUCUGGGGAACCGGGUUCGCUUCCCCGCUCCUCCACAUGCAGCUGCUGGGUGACCUUGGGCCAGUCACACUUCUCUGAAGUCUCUCAGCCUCACUCACCUCACAGAGUGUUUGUUGUGGGGGAGGAAGGGAAAGGAGAAUGUUAGCCGCUUUGAGACUCCUUCAGGUAGUGAUAAAGCGGGAUAUCAAAUCCAAACUCCUCCUCCUCUUCCUCCUCCUCCUCCUCCUCCUCCUCCUCCUCCUUCUUCUUCUUCUUCUUCCUCCCUUUCGUGCUGAGUUUGAGCACCUUCAAAGCCCAUGACACCUUUGGUAAAGGCUGUUCUCCAACUGGAGCACUCGCAGGCCAGUGUUUCCCAGUUGUUGGUGUUUGUACUAAAUUUUUUUAGAUUUGUCUUGAGAGCAUCUUUAAGCCUCUUUUGUUGACCGCCGACAUUACACUUUCCAUUUUUAAGUUCAGAAUAGGGAAGUUGCUUUGGAAGACAAUCAUUAGGCAACUUGACCAGUCCUGCCUAACAGGGUGUAACCCUGCAAGUCUAUGAUUCCAUGGAAAGCUCUUAGUCCUGCUACUAAGUACCUGGACGGAAAUGGCAAAGGAAGGCGUUUUUUAAAUCAAGAGGUGGAGGGACGUGGGGAGGAGAUGGAUUGGUAAUGGGGAAAAUACAUUUGUAAUAAGCCAGCAAUGAAUCACAUUGUUUUUCGUUUUUAAUUUUUAAUCCUUCUUGUUAACCCGUCCACUUAACCUCUUCUUCCAGGAAGAGCUAUAGGCCAUUUAGAUCUGGUCUGGGGCCAAAACUCUUUUAAAAGUGGUCCGCGGUGCAGGGAGUGUGUUCGUCUCGAUGUUGUCGAUUAUCUGCCUGAUUUCUGCGAGUGAAUCUAGUAGAAUUAUGGGUUGGCCGGAUAGAGACGGAGAUUUGAGCUGUGGUGCAGUUAUCAAAAAUGGCCCAUGGCUUAAUGAUCUUACGAGGAGCGGCCCUCUUGAGACAGCAAUACGCAUUACUUCCCUUGCCUCACAAGGCAGCAAGCCGGCUCUGCUGUGUUUAGGGUCAUUCCUGCUUAUUUUGCCGAGUGGGAGUCUGGACCUGUGCCCUGAAGUUCCCUUCUGAAGGCGCCACAGGAGUUCACAGAAGAAUAUCAGCGUUCCUUUAGUGCAACUACCACCAACCUGUGGCGAGGCAAGAUGGGAUCUGUAGUCCAACAACAUCCAGAAUGCCACAGGUUCCCCAGUCCAUGCUGUGAAGAGUAGGACCUGGGAGGCCUUAUGCAACUCUGGCCAAAUUGCUUCUGGGCUCAGAGGGCAGCCGGUUCCCAGUUGCUCAGACACUUUCUCUCUUAUAGGCCAACUCCUGAGGAGGCGCAAGAAUGGGCUGAAUCUCUGGAAAAGUUACUGCUUCAUCCAUGUAAGUGUGUGGUUCAGAACCACUAAAAGUCUUUAGAAAAGCUGCCACAGCAUAUUAUGUUAUAUUAUUAUUAUUAUUACUAUUAUUAUUAUUAUUAUUAUUAUUAUUAUUAUUAAAUUAAUAAAAUUAUUAUUGAUUACAUUUGCCUACUACCCUUUAUCCACAUAGAAAUACUAUCCCUCCCAUUUUCCCUUUCCAAGAAACAAGAGCUGAAAAUCCGAAGCAGAAAACAAUUACCGUAUUUUUCGCUCUAUAAGACUCACCUGACCACAAGACGCACCUAGUUUUUAGAGCAGGAAAACAGGAAAAAAAUAUUCUGAAUCAAAUGUUGUUGAAGAGGCUUUGCACUGCUAUCCCUGAAGCCAGAACAGGAAGAGGGAUUGCUGCACAGCAAUCCCUCUUGCUGUUCUGGCUUCAGCGAAAGCAACGCAGCCUGCAUUCGCUCCAUAAGAUGCACACACAUUUCCCCUUACUUUUUAGGAGGGAAAAGGUGCGUCUUAUAGAGCAAAAAAUACGGUAUGUACAGAAAUUUCAUAGAAUCGUGGAAUUGUAGAGCUGGAAGGGAACCUAAGGGGUAAUCCAGUCCAGCCUCCUGCAAUGCAGGAAUCUCAGCUAAAGCAUUUGCACCCUUUAUUCCAAUAAAAUAAUUUGGAUUCUUUGAGGGGAAACCCCUGACUCCUCCAUCCCUCUUCCCUGCAGAUGGACGGUCUGUCUUCCACGCUUUCCUCAAGUCAGAGUUCAGCGAAGAGAAUUUGGAUUUCUGGCUAGCGUGCGAAGACUACCGGAAGCUGCGAGGCUGCGACAAACUCCAGGACAGCGCCAAGAAGAUCUAUGACCAAUACGUCACCAUCCACGCCCCCAAAGAGGUAAGAGAACUGGGCUCGAUAAGCACGCUUCCAAAACUAUCCUCACCCAAAAUGCCUUUUGAAUGAGCUGGUCUUCUUUUCUGAGGCGGAUGCAGAGGGAUGGGUGAGGUUUUCUUAACCAGGGGUUAGCCCAAGACAUUUCACCACCUGAAGCAGACCUUGACAUGGCACCCCCCACCUCUGCGCCAGGGAAGAAAGGGUCAGGGAAUUUCUGCAUCAGGAACAAGAGUGGGGGAGAAAGAUUGGCAUCGGGAUCUGCUGUGCCGCAGAACUCUGUCACCUGAGGCGGUCGCCUCACCUUGCCUCAUAGGUGCGCUGGCCCUACACUGUGAUGUUGUGGGUAAAGUCCUGGACUAGGACCUGGGAGACCAGGGUUUGAAUCUCCACUCAUCCAAGUAGCCUACUGAGUGACCUUGGGCCAGUCACUAUCUCUCCUCCCUCACAGGGUCGUUGUGAGGAAAAAAUGAAGAGGAGGAGAAGGGUGUACACCACCUUGAGGUGGAAUAUGAACAUAUCAUCGUCAUCUGGGGGGGAGAGAUGUGCUUUGACUGUAUGGUAUUGGAUGUGACCCGAGUCACCAAAUCAUCUUCCUGCCAGUUCUCCACCUCUGCUCUACACUGCACUUUGCCUAUGAGUUAAUCCGGACUUAGUAAUUUCUUUUUCUUUUUCCCAACUCCCUGCUUGAUGCUACCUUUGGUAUCCUACUGCCAUUUUGGCCACGCCUCUCCAUCCCGACCCACAGACACCUGUUUUCAGUGCUCCAAUUCUCCCCUGCAGCUAUGACUGUAUUAUUAUUAUUCUUAUUAUUCUUCUUAUUAUUAUUAUCACCCUGCCCAUCUGGCUGGGUUUCCCAAGCCAUUUUGGGUGGCUCCCAACAGAAUAUUAAAAGCACAAUAGAACACCAAACAUUAAAUACUUCCCUAAACAGGGCUGGGACGUGGGUGGCGCUGUGGGUUAAACCACAGAGCCUAGGACUUGCCGAUCAGAAGGUCGGCGGUUCGAAUCCCUGCGAUGGGGUGAGCUCCCGUUGCUCGGUCCCUGCUCCUGCCAACCUAGCAGUUCGAAAGCAUGUCAAAGUGCAAGUAGAUAAAUAGGUACCGCUCUGGUGGGAAGGUAAACAGCGUUUCCGUGCGCUGCUCUGGUUCGCCAGAAGCGGCUUAGUCAUGCUGGCCACAUGACCCGGAAGCUGUACGCCGGCUCCCUUGGCCAAUAAAGCGAGAUGAGCACCGCAACCCCAGAGUCGGCCACGACUGGACCUAAUGGUCAGGGGUCCUUUUACCUUUAAACAGGGCUGCGUUCAGAUGUCUUCUAAAAGUCAGGUAGUUGUUUAUUUCCUUGACAUCUGAUGGGAGGGCAUUCCACAGGGUGGGCGCCACUACCAAGAAGGCCCUCUGGCUGGUUCCCUGUGUGCUAGCAGUUGAUUAAAUCGCUGUAGCAACAGCCAUUUCCUGGCAUGUAACCUGACCACUUCCAUCUCAUGUUUGCAGGUGAACCUUGACUGCCAGACCAGAGACAUCACAAAUCGGAACAUUUUGCUACCCACUCGUUCGUGCUUCGAACAGGCUCAGCGGCGCAUAUACGGCCUGAUGGAAAAGGACUCGUACCCCAGAUUUCUCCGGUCCCUCCUUUACCAAACCUUGUCACAGCCUGACAGACACCAACCCAACGGGCCUGUGUAAACCAGCCAUAUUUGCCUUUCGUUCUUUGGAGAGGAGGCCCGUCUAGGAUAGCAGGAACCAAAGACGAAGACCUCCUUCUUCCUAGACUUCCUCCGGCGGACUGUUUAGGAUGUAUGCAGCCCAAAAGCAGGAGAGAUGGAUUGGCCUGACGUUAACAUCAAUGCUGGCGAGGCUGUGGACUUGCCACCAGGGGCGGACUUGGGAAAUCUUUCAUAAUAUGGCACCCUGCGUGAGGCCAAAAUGUGGCGCCCCCAAGUGGAUCUUCUCAAUUAUGGAUCUUCUCAGUUUUGCACCCCCUUGGCUCUUCGGCCUUUCUGGGGAAACAGCCCACACCACCCUAAGUCUGGCUCUGUUGCCACACCAGCACGCCAAUCUUUUCGUGGAGGAAAGAGCUCAUGGAAAGUUGGAGCUGGUGCCCAUUUGCCCAUGGGGAGAACUUUUUGUGGACUGAUGCAAAAAAAUAAUAAUAAUACUAGAAGUAUAGAAUCACUGAC